AUGUCCGCCGCGGAGGAUCUCCUGCGCGACUUUGAAGACGACGAAGACUUCCAGGACCAGGAAGCCGAAGGCCUCGAACAAGAAGUCGAGGAUGAACAGCCCCAGGAUGUCGGUGCAAAGGCUACCAAUGACUUUGACCUCUCUAUCGAGACUGCCGACCAACUCACACGACUACACAAAGACCUACGCGAUCACUAUUCCGUCCGUUUCCCCGAACUCGAAACCCUCGUCACCAGCUCCAUCAAGUACGCCAAAACGGUCGCUAUCCUUGGAAAUGGCCCCUUCGACGAUAUCAAAGCCCUCUCCAAUUCCGCAGAUAACAUGGUGGGCGAGUCCCUCAAGUCUGUUCUCGACGGUCCCUCCCUCAUGACGGUAGCACUGGAAGGGACCACAACCCGUGGCCGCCAAAUGACCGACGCAGAAUUGAAGAUUGUUCUGGAUACCUGCGAUCGCAUCAUCAAACUUGAUCGCGAACGUACAGCUCUUACUGAGAGCAUUCGAUCCCGCGUCAACCAGAUUGCGCCGAAUCUCGCAACCUUGAUCGGAUCACACACUGCUGCACAGUUCCUCAACCAAUCCGGUGGUUUACUCGAGUUGGCCAAAAUCCCAGCAUGCAACCUCGGAGCACAAGGGUCUAGGCGUCAAGGUGGAUUAGGAUUCGCCACGAACCACGGUGUUCGUGCGAAGGGUUUCUUGUACCUCUACGACCUGCAGAAGCAAGCAAUCCGCAUUGUUUCUGCGAAAAUGAUCCUCGCCGUUCGCUCAGAUGUUGCAAAUUACGCCAGGGACGGCUCACUAGGCGAGGACCUGAAGGAGCAGUGCUUCAAGCGCCUAGAGAAACUGACCGAGCCUGCGCCCAACUCUGGCGUAAAGGCCCUCCCCGCUCCGGACGACAAGCCAGCCCGGAAACGAGGUGGUCGGCGAGCCCGUCAGGCCAAGGAAGCCGUCGCCAUGACCGAGCUACGCAAAGCCCAGAACCGCAUGGCAUUCGGCCAAGAAGAAAAGGAGUCUGGAUACGGGACGGGCGAAGGUACCGUUGGUCUCGGCAUGUUGGGCCAACAGAACGAUGGCCGAAUCCGAGCCACGCAAAUCGACCAGCGCACCCGCGCGAAACUCAGCAAGAACAACAAGGGUUGGGGCGGAUCGACCCCGGCUAGCGGCACGGCCUCGUCGCUCCGCACAUUCGGCCAAAGUGCGGGUGGAACUGCCAGCGUGCUUCAGUCCAAGGGUCUGCGCACAUCUGGAGUUGGAUCGAUGUCCGCCACUGCCGGUACGGCUAGUACGAUUGCCUUUACGCCCGUGCAGGGACUAGAGCUGGUGGAUCCCAAGGUUCAGGCCGAGUUGAACCGCAAACGCAAGGCGGAGGAAGAUCGUUGGUUCAACAGUGGAACAUUUACGCAAGUUGGCGGUGCGCAAAGCAGCACUAAACCGCAAGGCAAAGAUAGCGAUGGAUUCAAGGUGCCAGCGAUCCCGGCCCGUAAGAAGGUCGAUACUGGUGCGGGCAAGAUGGGCCCACCGCCUAGGCCUUAG